AUGGAUUCGUCUGUGGUGGGAUUGACCUUAAUGAUGGCUGAGAGUGGGGCGAUUUCAACAAACUCUUCGGAGUUGAUUUCCUCGACUGCCAAUGUUGGAGGAGAAGACAAUACUACUACUCGGGCAGCCUUGAAUCAUCAUGAUAAGGCUGACUUGUCGUCUUUGGUACUCGCUCAAAAGAACGAUAUUGAAAUGGGAAAUCAGUUGAUGAGAAAUGAUGGGAUUGAUCAAGACACCAUUGUUGGAGGAAUGGCUUCAUCCUUUUCAUUGUCUUCAACGUCCAUGAAGAGAAUAAUCAAUAAUAGAAAUGGCCAUAAUCAUGAAGAGAACUCUUCACCAAAACAACAACAACAACAAUUUACACCUCAAUACACGAUGGUAGAGGCAGUUACUGUAGAACAAGAUCCAUUGGGAAGCUAUAGAGGUAAAUCCAGCCAGCCAUUUUCGGGAAAUGAUGAUAAAUUAUUAUCAUCACGGAGGAAGGCUCUCAUGGAGGUAUCACAAAGUAUACGAACUUCUACAUGCGUCAAAAUGAGUGUAUUGAUUCUUAUUGUGGUGACUGUGGUUGCCUUAUUGUGGAUUUCACCCGCUUCGGAUUCUACAGGAAUUAAUGAGAAUGGAAUGAUUGAUUCUGUAAUGCAUUCUGAAUUAAGCUUCAUUGAGGAUUGGGAAUAUGAGGAUGAUACUUUGAAUAUCAAAACAAAUUCUAUCAGCACAACAGCUGUUCCGAUCACAAAUUUGAAAAAUAAGGAAAAAUUGGUACAACCAGAUGCCAAUAUGGCCACAUCUUCAUCGUUUUUAGAUUCGUCCCUCUUUACUAUUGAUGAUUAUUACCAUGAUUUUGAAAAUGACAAGACCAAUCAAAAGGAACGAAGAAAAGCCGUGAGAGAAGCUUUCAUUCAUGCUUUCAAGGGUUAUGAAAAUGUUUGGGGAAAAGAUGAAUACAGACCAGUGAGUCGUGGUUACCAUAAUUGGAUUCGAUCAGCUAAUGGAUUUGGUAUGACCAUUAUUGAUUCUCUAGAUACAAUGGUCAUUAUGGGUUUGAAGGAACAAUAUGAAAAAUCUCUACGCUAUGUGAAGAAUGAAAUGCCAUCCUUUUCGACGAUUAAUGGAGGAAUUAGUGUUUUCGAAACAACAAUUCGAGUGGUGGGAGGAUUUUUGAGUGCGUUUGAUUUGAGUAAGGAACCAAUUUUUCUUGAGAAAGCGAAGGAUAUGGCUGAUCGAUUGAUUCCUGCCUUCAGUUCUCCCACUGGAGUACCCUAUUCUGAAAUUAAUUUGAGAACUGGUGAAAAGAAGAUAUUUGCAUGGACUGGUGGCGAUUGUGCAAUUUUGAGUGAGCUCGGAUCGUUACAAUUGGAAUUUCGAAGAUUGAGCGAAUUGACUGGAGACAACAAGUACCACGCUGCUGUCACAAAAGUCAUGGACGAAAUGAUACGUACACGACCUCAAAAUGGCCUCUUCCCUCACAUGUACAAUUUAUUGUCAGGUCGAGCAUGCUCGAAUCGUGUUACAUUGGGAGCGCUUGGCGACUCAUUCUAUGAAUAUUUGCUGAAACAGUGGUUAAUGAAUAGGGGCACAAAGGCCGCUGAAAGAUAUCGUAUGGUGUAUUUGGAGACGGUUAAGGGUAUUUUCAAUCAUUUAGUUAAAACGUCACGCAAGGGCUAUACGUAUGUGGCAGAGUUUGAACGAGGUGCUCGUAACAAGAUUGAUCAUUUGGCAUGCUUUGCAGCUGGCAUGUUUGCAUUGGGAGGACAUUUCAAUGUCUCGACACCAGAAUUCUCAAUCUCCAAUGAAAGACAAAUGGAAGUUGGUGCAGAAUUUACUCGAACCUGCUACGAAUCGUAUCGACAAAUGCCAUCCCAACUGGGACCUGAGGUGUUUGCCAUGGAUGAAGUCACUGGAGACAUUCGAGCUGGAGGUGCUUCCUCGUACUUGUUGCGUCCUGAAACAGUCGAGAGUUUGUUCAUCAUGUGGCGAAUUACUGGUGACGAAAAAUACCGUGAUUGGGGAUGGAAUAUUUUCCAAGCUAUUGAGAAACAUUGCAAAGUUGAAAAAGGUGGCUACAGUGGUGUCGUGUCAGUACUCAGCACACGACCUCACAAGGAUGAUUUCCAACAAUCAUUCUUUUUGGCAGAAACUUUGAAAUAUUUGUAUUUAUUAUUUUCACCGAAUCAUGUCAUUCCAUUGGAUAAGUUUGUGUUCAACACUGAAGCCCACCCUCUCAGAAUCACUAAAACUGAACAUUGA